UAUGCCGAACAAAAUAAUGUUAAGAUUUUCUUAUAGCCGUGCAUUUAGACAGAUUACAGAUUAGCCAUCAAUACUAAACCACUCCCUAGUUACACUUCACCUAAAUACAUCUAUUUGCCACAAGAUAACAUCAUGACAAACAUGCAAGAUGCAGAUGAGUCGUUGGAGAUGGCUCGUUCUGAAAAUGGAGAUUCUACUUCCAGUGAACUUGAAAGAUUGAAUAAUGCUUCACCGUGUCCUUCUGGCACAGAUUCCCCAACUGAAAGGGGCAUAGCAAAGACCAAGAAACAGGAAGAGGCUAUCCUCCGGUCGAUCGAAGAAGCAGCAAGAUUGGGAACUAACACCCUUGAUCUGAGUCACAAGAAAAUGAGACAGAUUCCAUCAGAGAUAAUGGAAAUGCCACAAAUAGAAUAUCUAUACCUGGAAGGAAAUGAGCUGACAACAAUACCAGAUGAACUAUUUGACAAGCUGCCUAACCUUAAAUGGUUAGACCUGAGGAGAAACUACUUAGUUAGGCUACCAAGUGUUUACGUUGGGCGUCAUCAAAAUCUCAGGAAUCUUCUUGUAGAAAGUAACAAUCUACGUACAUUACCUCUGGAAUUAGGUUUGAUUAAAUCUCUGCAUGGUCUCAACAUAUCUAAUAACCCACUUGACUUUCCACCACAAAGCAUUAUUGAGAAAGGAACUAAUGAAAUCCUGAAAUUCUUACGAGAAAUGAUUGAAGCCAAGGCUUCAGGGAAGCUUUUGAAUGGAAAGAAGGCACGUAAAGCGGUCAUACGACAGCAUAGUGAUCCGACGGGAGGACCGUCAAGACUGCCAGCGUUAAACCUGCUUCAACAACAGAGCAAAUCUGAUGGGUCUAGUUCCAGUGACGAUGACUGGGAUGAGGACGGUGAUCUCAAACAGUACGCAUACAGACAAGCUCAGGAACGCACCCUGUCUACGGAGGCUGCCAAACGUGCAGCGUCCGGACAGAUUGUACCUUUGAAUAAAACUGUACAGUUACAUAGACCUGUCAGCUAUACAUCAAUAAAACAGACAAAAGAAGAAAAAAUUAAAAAAGCUGGUGCUAUGGGGACUUUAAGCAAGCCUCAGUCUGCCACAAGUGUUCUUGAUUGGAAAGUGAACCCCUACCCUGAGCCCCCACCCCCAGACUAUAUUAACCAGAAAUCAAAAGAGGAGCGUCUCCAAGCAAAGGCAAAAGAAUUCAAAGAAAAAACAGAUGCCAUACUUCAAAGAAGAAAGGAUGAGGAGAUGUUGAAGGACUGGAGGAACGAGACCAAACGACUACAGCAAAAGAAAUAUUUCGACAGUCUCAGGAAAGGAACUAAAGAUUUUCUGGAUCCUGUACAAGCAGCACCAUUUGAUAUUGACCAGGACUAUGUCAAAAUACCAACAAACGAAGAGAGAAUAAAACACGACGUGAAAAUGGCUCAUGAGAAGAUUCGGCGACAGGUUUCACCAGCAUCACGGCAAAGGAUUGAAGAAGAAAAAGCACAAAGGAUAUUACAGUUAGAGAAAAGAAUCAAAGCUCACACAACACAAAUGCAUGAGAGAAGAAAACAGCCAAAGGGAUCACCACAGGAAGAGAUGGAGGCUGCAAGAAGGGAAUUAGAAGUGGCUGAGGCUCUACAUCUUGAACUGAUGUCAAGACGUAAAGAGAUGGAGUACCGUUUCCGAGCUUUUGUUGCCGAUGUGCCAACGUCAUUUUCAAGGACGAGAACACUUAAACCUAACAAAUGA